AUGAAAGGCUUGGACCUGGUAUUUUAUGUUUCUGUGUGCACUGAUACUACUAAACCAAUAGUUGGUACUAUUGGUUUCACAUUAAAGACAGUGUUUUCCCUGCCAGUAAAACAGGCUUUGCUGCUUUUGUUUUUUGAACUAUGCAGUGUUGAAGAUGCAGCUAAUUAUCGCGAUGAGCUGAGAGAAAUUGCGCCCCACUCUCUUUUGAAAUGCUUAAGUGAUGCAACAACCUUGGGAAUCAGGGUUCAAGUGAGGUGUGUGUAUAUUGAGGGCCAGAGUCAGCCUUCAAAGGGUCGCUAUUUCUUUGCAUACAGAAUACGAAUUACCAAUAACUCAGAACGCCCUGUCCAACUUCUUAGAAGACAUUGGAUUAUAACCGAUGCCCAUGGAAAAAUUGAGAAUGUCUGGGGGAUUGGUGUUAUUGGUGAACCGCCAUCCAUUGUCCAAGCUGCUGCCAUUCGUGGGUGUUGUUUCUGAUUUUUCUUCUCUGAUGUGUUGUAAAUCAUUAAAGCAGAAAUGCAGAAAGAGACCAUGGCUUCUCCUUCUCCUUCUCACCUCACAGCUAUCCCACAACACCUCUCAAAACCCUCCCU